UCCAUCCCCUGGAAGCUCCCUGCCGACUUCCGAGUUCCUUCCGGACACUUCGUCCGCGCUUCUUCUCUCGAUCGCGCCGUGCUCCUCGACUCGGUACUUUGAUCCCGCCGGCGAAGGGAUGGUGGCCUCGCGCCUCCUCGCACGCUUAUCCAGGCAGUGCGUCGCGUCGGCGUCGGCGUCCACCGCGGUGCGGAGCCCGGCGGCUGCGGAGCCGUUCGCUGCUUCCUUCUCUUCGCACAGGGUUCCAUGUAUGUUGAAUCAUCGUUCGAGAUACUCGAGCAGCAUUUUUCAAAAGUUUGGGUUCUCAUCUGUUUCACCCCUACAAAGUGGCAAGGAGGUUAAGGAACCAAAAGACCAGGAAAGCACCUCAGCUGGAUCCAAUGAAGGCAGUAGUUUGUUUGGAAGUGAGAAGGCAUCAGAACAAGGUAUCGAAGAUGUUGACCUGUCAAAAGAUGAUCUUGUGAAGCUAGUUCAUGAGAAGGAAGAAUUAUUGAAGUCCAAGGAUGAUGAAAUCAAAGAUAUGAAGGACAAGAUUUUGCGCAGCUAUGCAGGAAUGGAAAAUAUCCUGGCUCGGACCAAGCGUGAAUCUGAAAACUCCAAAAAGUAUGCAGUACAGAACUUCUCUAAGAGCUUGUUAGAUGUUGCUGACAAUUUGGCUAGAGCAUCAUCUGUUGUCAAGGAAAGCUUCUCGAAAAUAGAUACCUCUAAAGAUUCUGCUGGAGCUGUGCCACUACUGAAAACUCUUUUGGAGGGUGUAGACAUGACAGACAAGCAACUAGCAGAGGUUCUCAAGAAGUUUGGAGUUGAAAAGUUCGAUCCAAUAAAUGAGAAGUUUGAUCCUAGCAGGCAUUGUGCUAUUUUCCAAAUUCCUGAUCCUUCAAAGCCACCAGGAACUGUUGCUUCUGUUGUAAAGGUGGGCUACAUGUUACAUGAUCGUGUCCUGCGCCCUGCGGAUGUCGGUGUUACAGAGGGAGGCAGAACCACAACUGGGGCCAAAGGGGCAGAACAGCGCGAGCAGAAAACAGCCGGGGAUUAAGCUAGCUGAUAGAUUUUGAUAGUUUAGAUUCAGUCCAAGGAGGAGAAGAGAUGGGUGUUCUUUUGGAUCACUCGGUUUUUGUCUAGAGUUUCAGACGCAUCAGCACAUGAGACUUCUGACCGUACCGUAGUUUUGCACCAGAGAGACAAUAUCACAAGCAGGCUGCCGCAACUUCUUGUUACAUGAAUGAGAAUGACAGAAUCCAUUAUCUAUUUGUGGUUUGGAGGAGACAUUUAA